AUGGCACAACCCGACCUUACCUCCCAUCACGUCAACUACUUAAUAUGGCGGUAUGUCUUCCCUUUCUUCAUCCCCCGAUUCUCCAAUUCCUCCGAUGCGCCUCCCGCAGAUCUAACCCGCUUCCCCGUAGGUAUCUUCAAGAAUCAGGUUCGUCAUGGUGAUGCUGCUGUCUCUCUGCAGCGCGCAUGGUUCCCGGAUCCGCAGAGUCUUCCCUUUGCGCGCCACAUCAAAACCCAUGCCCUGGUCUCGCUGGUCCAAAAGGGCCUGCAGUACCACGAACUGGAGUCUUCGCUUGACAAGGAGGGAAACCCCAUUACUUUCACACCCACUGACUAUUUUUUCGGGCCGGAGCCGUUCGAGGCCAAUGCCUUGAAGCGCCGGGAUGACGCUGGCACAGACCAUCCGGCGGAGCCCGCGCGUGACCGCGUAACCAAUGGACACUCACUUGAUGCCAGGCCGCGCAAGGAGACGAAUGGCGAUGAGUCUAUGGAAGUGGACGAUGAGAGCAAAGGCUCUGUGGAUGGCGAUGGAGAUGUGAGCAUGGGGGCCGAGGAGCAGGCCCCGGAACCCACCCUUUCAACCGGCAGCAGCGCCGGCGUCCAGAUCUCCCCCGCCAAGGCCGCCGAUUUGGCGCCAGACACCGCCCUCCUGCACGCCAAUGAUCACGUGAUGACCACUCGCUGGCGCCCCCGGGAUUCGACCCUACUCGUCGCUGCUGGCGAGACCUCCUGCAGCUUAUGGAAGCUAUCAUUAUCCUCGCCCCCCGAACAGAAUCGAUUCCUCGACCUGAAAGGCACCAGUGCCUAUGUAUCCGGCGUGGCCUGGGAUGCCGUUGGCUCCAAAUUGGCCGUGGCUACCAUCCGCGAUAUGGAGAAGGGAGCGAUUACCAUGUAUAAUUCCGAAGGUAAUGUUGUGGAUCUCCUUCCUGAUCUCCCACGUUUGAUCAGUGGUCUGCAUUGGUCCGACGAUAGUCCACAGUUGGUCGUCGUUGCAUCUGACGAACGAUCUUCGGAAUUGGCUCUUUGGGAUGACAGCCGCCGGCCGGAUGUGUACCCUCCCCCACAGGCCAUCGACAGUCACGUCUAUGACUUGGCCUGGUGCGGACGUAAUCUGGUUUUCGCUUGCGGAGAUGGGGCUGUCUACCAGUGUGAAGUGGACAGUAACAUCCGCCUGACCAAGACCUUCAAUUCUCGGGACACCGACACCGCUUGGGCUUUCGUUCGUUCUGCCCACACUUCAUCAUACUCUGUUGCAGUUGCCGCAAGCUCUACAACUUCCUCCAUUUGGAUUCCGACACAUGAUAUUUUGAUUGAAAAUGCCCACCAAGAUGCAAUCACCGCAAUUGAUAUUCGACCUGCAGAACCACAUUCACAACAAAACUCCACAAUCACAAUCGCCUCUUACUCGAUCGAUACCUUUGUCCAUGUCUGGGAAGUGGACCUCGACUCGAAACAACAUAAACGCAUCCACCGCCUGCGCCUAGGUUCAUCAACCCCUGCUUUAGCUGGCAGCUUCUCGCCAGACGGAUAUGCUCUCUGCGCAGUGAGUCAGGAGAAGCUAUUCAUUUGGAAUGCCGAGCGUGGCGGGGAGCCCAUGGCCACAUGGACGGCUCCCAGCUCAGAACAAGUUAAGGAAGACCCCGAUCACCCCACGAAUGGACAGAACGGUCAUGCAGCACCGGUCCCCGAUCGAGAUCUAUCUUGGGAUCACGACGGCAAGAAGCUCGCGUAUGGCUUUGGCGAUCAGAUGGCCAUCGUCAAUCUUCAGCGGUGA